AUGGCUGCGCCCACGCCGUAUCCCUACCAGUUGCCUCAGACCAGCUCAAUGGUGGUCGGAUCUCCCUAUGCCGCGUAUUCCUCUCCCUAUGCGUCCGUGGAUCACUCCCAAGGCAAGUGGUUCGCUCCAGGCGAGGCACUUCCUCCUGGCUUUAUUGCCAUGCCGCACCCCGAUGGUCAUGCGGAGCCUCAGGCUCAUCACGCUGUCUCCGAUGCGGUGAAGUCAGCCAUGCCCGGUUUGGUGCCAGAAGUGACGAAGGUGGCCAGCGCGGCCACCAAGAAGAGGAGCAAGAAGAAGAAGAGCUCGGGUUGCUGCUGA